AUGUCUAAAGAGGAACCAGCCAUCACGUUUGGAAAUGUCCACAUCACACAAUACAAACGAGCUAUAGGAGGGUCAUGUGGUGUACCUGAAAAGGGGAAGUAUCCGUUGGGGUUGAGUUUUGAAAUAGUCAACGAGAAGACUAUGACGUUUGAGGAAUAUGCAGAGAAGUACGAAAA